AUGGAUAUGUACAUGUACAUCAUUUGGCUUUUGAUGUUGGACAAGUUUGAACUUCUAAAAUUUCCAUAUUUGGAAUUCAUUGCGUUGAACUCUGUUUCAAUGGACGUGACACUUAAUGAACAACGUUUCCUCCCUUGUAAAGUUAUUGACUUACGGAGUGUAUUUCGUGUAGCAUAUCUUUUCACGAGGACGAAGAAGAAAGAUUUGGGUACAGAAGAAGCCGAGUCCCUCAAUGUUCCUAGCACUCCCGUCUCAACUUCGGCCGCGGGUGCUACAGUUUCUGAGAAGUCACCUACUCCACCACCUGUCUUGGAGCCUGCGAAGUCACGUGCACCAAUACCGGAGGAUCAGCAGCAUGAAUUAUUCAAAUGGAUGUUGGAAGAGAGGAGGAGAAUGAAGCCAACAGAUCCCGAAGAGAAAAAACGCAUUGAUGAAGAGAAAGCCCUUCUCAAACAGUUCAUUCGAGCCAAGUCCAUUCCAAGCUUGUGA